AUGUCCGCACCAUCAUACCAAGGACUCGAGAAAGGCCACGCCGUCAGUCCGAUCCCAUCAAAACAAUCAAUCACACCAGAACCAACGCUCGCCGCCCUCAAAGCCAACAUCGACACCGCUCAAGCCCUCCACGUCCGCAUCAAGCAGGAACUCACGGACGCCGAGAGAGCCUGGAUCGAACAAGUCGAAGCGACUGGAAGGAUGAAGCAGGAGGCUGCACGGAUAAACUUGGAGGCCGCACGGCGUAGCUUUCAUGCGGAGUUGUGGAGAGUCUGCCUUCUGAUCGGACUGGCAAGUCUGUAA